AUGGGAAAGGAUUCAAAACCUAAGGAAUCGGGGGGAAAAGGUAAGGGAAAGCAGGCAGCAGGUGCAUGUGAUGAUGGUGGAUCAAAGGGUAAAGGAAAAGCAGGGAAAGGUGAUGGUCUUGGAACUUGCACUUAUGUCAAAGCAAGGCAUAUUUUGUGUGAGAAGCAAGGAAAGAUCAACGAGGCUUAUAAGAAGCUACAGGACGGGUGGCUCAGCAAUGGAGACAAGGUCCCACCAGCUGAGUUUGCUAAGAUAGCUGCAGAAUAUUCAGAAUGCCCUUCGGGAAAGAAAGGUGGAGACCUUGGAUGGUUCCCACGUGGCAAGAUGGCUGGCCCUUUUCAGGAGGUUGCCUUCAACACGCCUGUCGGGGUAACUAGCGCACCUUUCAAGUCUACGCACGGUUAUCACAUCAUCUUGAGUGAAGGAAGGAAGAACUGA